CCCAUCCCUACGAGGCAGUGCGCACGUAGGACAUUUCUGAAAGGAAUAGGUCUGUAAUAACGAAUAUAAAGGUUACAGGUUUUAUUUCAGUACUUUUUUCCCCUGCCAAACUCGUCUUGUUCCACACUCAAGUCCAGCAGGUGGCAGUAAAGCACCUAUAAGUUGGUUUGCCAACCGCCAAAAACGCUUAAGAAGAAGAAGUGCGAACAUAGUAUGAAGAAGGAAUGGAUGUUAGGACAAUAACAUAGUGAGCUUAAUCAAUGACUAUACUUCUGUGGAGAUGAAGGUUAAAAUAAAGCAGUGGAAUGGUGUGGCGUCGUGGUUGUGGGUGGCCAACGAUGAGAACUGUGGCAUCUGCAGAGCGCCUUUCAACGGCUGCUGCCCAGACUGUAAGGUCCCAGGAGAUGAUUGCCCGUUGGUUUGGGGUCAGUGCUCUCACUGUUUCCAUAUGCACUGCAUCCUGAAGUGGCUGAACUCCCAGCAAGUGCAGCAGCAGUGCCCAAUGUGCCGUCAGGAGUGGAAAUUUAAAGAGGGAGACACUUCCUGAGGAGAUUAAAUAAGUGCACACUCA